AUGUCCCAUCCAGCAGCCAGUGUUCGAUCUAUUUAUAGUGGGAAGGUAAAUCUUGACUCACCUGACGAAUUGUAUAACCUUGAUAGUAACAACAAUAGUAGUGCUGAAGUUUCGAGCAUUUCCCAAUCCACAUCAUCCACUAAUAACCAAAACCUACCAAGAGUUCAAUUAGAAGAGGUUUCGUCCUCACAGAGCCAACACCGUGUAACUUCAAAGAAUUUAAAAAGUCUAGAGAACAGCACACUCGUCAAGCCUACAUCUAGAUUUGAUAAUAACAACUACAACGGAACCAAUUCGUCACUUGUUUCCACUGAGUCGGAAUACCAGAACGAUUUAAUUGAUGCGGAGUCGUUAGAUACAGAAGGUGACAAUGAUAUCAUUGCGGCUCCACUGCCACUGGACUAUGCGGAUCCAUUUUCAAGACCACUAUCACGAAACUCCACAACUAGUUGUCUUUCUACAACUGCAACAAAAGACGGGAUAGAAGGGAGAAGAUUUCGUCGUCAUGGUCCCACAGCUUAUUCAAGCCAUAUUAUCUCAGGUAUGAUGCAGCAGCAGCAGCAGCAGCAGCAGCAGCAGCAGCAAAAACUCCUUAACCAACAGAAUCCAGCCAAAAGUUUGUUAAAUAAUGAAGAUGAGCAUUACACUCUUUUGGACUCAGCCAAUGCAAGUGUUGCCAGUCUUCAUCAUACUUCUAUUUAUCCAAGUACAAGAAGUAGUAGUAGCAGUAGUGGUUCCGAACCUACAGUAUCAUCUAAUGUCAAAGAGGACUAG